AUGGCAAAUAUAUCCUCUUCCGCUGUCGCCAUCCCUUCAUUCACCGGCCUUAAAUCCGCCGGAUCAGCCACCACUUCAAAAGUCACCGUCAACCUAGUCUCCGCCACCCCCAAGUUUUCCAUCAAAGCCUCACUGAAAGAAGCCGCCGGCAUAGCAAGUGUGGCCUUUGCCGCCAGCGCCUUACUAGCAAGCAACGCCCUUGCUGCUGAAAUCUUGCUUGGGGACGAAGACGGUGGCCUGAGUUUUGUUCCGUCGAGUAUCACCGUGGCCUCCGGUGAGAAGAUCGUUUUCAAGAACAACAAAGGUUUCCCACAUAACGUGGUGUUUGAUGAAGACGAGAUUCCGGCGGGUGUUGAUGCUUCCAAGAUAUCGAUGAGUGAAGAGGACUUGUUAAAUGGACCAGGUGACACGUACACAGUAACGUUGACUGAGAAAGGAACCUACAGUUACUACUGUGCACCCCAUCAAGGUGCUGGUAUGGUUGGCAAGAUCACAGUCAACUAA